AGGGAGAGAGCAAGGAAAUGGCUAUUUCAACUAGGUGCUGCCUCAACGUCUACCCUCCAACCCCAAACCCUGGCUCAGACAACCCUUCUCUUAACCCCAAGGGACCCCAGGUUGCAUGGCCGAGGGACGAUAAAUGGCGAAAGCAAUGCGCAUUAGGGUUGGCCUGCAUGGUGGUCGGGUUACAAGUUGGCAACGUGAAUACGGACGGCGCCGUCGCUAGUGAAAUUCCGUCGCUCGCCGUGGAAUCAAACUCGAGGGUAACGAGGUGGAGUGACAGAAGGAUGUGCCCUUCAUGGCAGGCGAAUUCCCUAGAGACGAUCGUGCCGGAGAAUCUCCCGAGACCAUCGGCUCAUCGGAGAUGGGAGGCUGUUGGCUUCUCUGAAAAUGCACCGGCGAUAAAAGUGAUAGUAGCUAGGAAAACAAUAGCCGGCUGCUUCUCUAUGUGAUUUCCGCAUUG